ACUGGGUGGUCGUGUGGAGCAUGGGUGCUAUUCUUCUGGCAGAUCAAGAUGGCGGAGGGUCUAACAACAACCGCAAGCGGGUCUCCUAUGUCUCAUCAUAAUCACAGUUCGCCAAAUUCAUCGAGUUCAAGAGACUUUUACACGGGGCUUGGACUCGCGAUCAGCUCGAGUCUCUUCAUUGGGACAAGUUUUAUUGUCAAGAAAAAAGGUCUCUUACGAGUUGCUGAGAGAUCUGGAGUAAGAGCAGGUCAAGGUGGUUAUGCUUAUCUUAAAGAAUGGCUCUGGUGGGCAGGAAUGAUUUCAAUGAUCGUUGGUGAGAUUGCUAAUUUUUCAGCCUAUGCAUUUGCCCCAGCGAUUCUUGUCACUCCACUUGGAGCUCUAAGUGUCCUAGUAAGUGCUAUUUUGUCUGGAUAUUUCCUGAAUGAGAAGCAGAAUCUUCAUGGCAAAGUUGGUUGUAUUUUGUCUAUCAUAGGUUCUACUAUACUUGUGAUUCAUGCCCCACAAGAAGAGGAAGUUGAUUCUAUUGAAGAACUUGAAGCAAAACUGGUAGAACCUGGUUUUGUGGUAUAUGCCAUCUUUGUACUUUUAUGUGCAUUUGUUUUGAUAUGGCAUUUUGGACCUCGUUAUGGAAAAAACAACAUAUUGGUGUACAUAGCAAUUUGCUCAUUGAUUGGAUCAUUGUCUGUCAUGGGCUGUAAAGGUGUUGGUAUAGUACUGAAGCAGACAUUCAGAGGAGACAGUCAAAUCACUAAUCCUGUUGCUUGGAGUCUUCUAAUAACUGUUCUGUCUUGUGCUACUACUCAAAUUAAUUACCUAAACAAAGCUUUGGACAUAUUCAACACUUCACUGGUUACUCCUAUAUAUUAUGUGUUGUUCACUUUACUGACAAUUAUUGCUUCUGCAAUACUAUUUAAAGAAUGGAAAGCGAUGGAUACCAAGGAUACAAUUGGUUCAAUAUGUGGAGUUCUGACCAUUAUUUUUGGUGUCUUUUUACUGCAUGCAUUUAAAGAUGUAGUUUUUAGUCUAAAAGAUUUAAAUUUAUUCCCUUCCAACAAAAAGACAAGAGGAGAUAGAUUGAGCGAUGGUGCUGAAGUGAUGUUGAUGCGUAGUAUGGAGGCAGGGAGUGAUGGUCAUGAUGAUGAUGACGAUGAAGAAGAAAUCUCAACAAAGUCCUUAACCAACAACCUCAAUCACACAUAAUGAACAUAUUUUUCAGAAUUCUUUUGGUAAUAAGAAUAAAUCAAUUUAUUAAAUUUUUAAUGAAAAUAUUUAUAAUCCAUCAUGUUGAUAUUUGCAAUGAAACAUAUUAAAUGCGUGAAUUUUUGUA